AAUAUUUCCUGAAACUCCAGAAACUAUGUUCUCGUCCUUCUUUCUUCUUAGUAGCAGAAGAGCUUGUUAGAAAGAGCAAGGUUGUGAAUGGUGAAUUUUUGAGAGGAAAUAGUAUCAAUGGAUAUCAAAAUCAAAAUAAAGGGAGAAAUAGAAAAGGUGAAUGGGAAAGAACUAAGUUAUAAUGAUUUUGUUGAAAGAUAUAUGGAGAAAAACAAGCCAGUGGUGCUAACUGGAUUAAUGGACGAUCAUUGGAAGGCUUGCACUGAUUGGGUUAGCCCUAAUGGAAAACCUAAUCUCCAAUUUUUCUCAACUCAUUUUGGUUCCUCCAAAGUUCAGGUUGCAGACUGUGAUACUAGAGAUUUUACUGAUCAAAAAAGGGAGGAGAUGUUGGUCACCGAUUUCGUACGACUUUGCUUUAAAGAUGAGGGUUCUGCAGUUCAGUGCAGUAAUCAAAAUGGUGUGAGUAAUGGUGACUCUGCAUCUGUUCCGUAUUUGAAGGAUUGGCAUUUUGUGAAGGAGUAUCCUGAUUACGUACCAUACAUCACUCCGAUGUUCUUUUGUGAUGAUUGGCUCAACUUGUAUCUCGAUAACUUCAGAAUGAAUACUUACUCUGACAGAGAUCAGCAAAAUAAGGAAAUAUGUUGCUCUGAUUAUCGUUUUGUUUACAUGGGAGUUAAAGGAUCUUGGACUCCUCUACACGCUGAUGUUUUCAGAUCGUAUAGCUGGUCAGCAAAUGUCUGUGGAAAGAAGAGAUGGUUUUUCCUAGAUCCUUCCCAGUGUCAUCUUGUGUUUGACAGGAAUGUGAAAAACUGUGUAUAUAAUAUCUUUGAUGAAGUAUCUGACUCAAAAUAUCCUAGUUUUAAAAAGGCUAUCUGGUUAGAAUGCACACAAGAAGCAGGGGAAAUCAUAUUUGUUCCCAGCGGAUGGUAUCACCAAGUUCAUAAUUUGGAGGAUACAAUAUCUAUAAACCACAAUUGGUUCAAUGCCUAUAACCUUUCUUGGGUGUGGAAUUUACUUUUAAGGGACUACAAUGAGGCCAAGGAAUACAUAGAAGACAUCAAGGAUAUAUGUGAUGAUUUUGAAGGUCUCUGCCAGCGCAAUCUUGCUGCUAACACAGGGAUGAAUUUUUAUGACUUCUUUACUUUCAUUUCAUACUUCACCUUGGCCAACUUGGUGUUGCUUUGCUACAUAAAUAGAAGAGAUGGAAGUACAGCUGGGAACUCAUCAAGAGUAGCUCAGCAUGCAUCCAUGAAUAUUGGGUCUAUUAGGAAGAUUGCAUCAGAGAUGAAACACAGUGGUGGUCUAGAAGGGAAUCAUGAUUGCGUAGUGGAUAUGAUAAAAACAUUUGAAGAUCCUAGGUUUUCCAAAUUCUGCAUGCAGGUGGGAAAAACAUAUUUAAUGAUACACGGGCAAUCGGAUUUGUUCUCUGAUUUUGUGGGUGCUUCCAUGGUUGAUUUGGUGGAUCUCGGUAUUUUGAAAGCACGCACUUCUUCUAAGGUUUAUGCACCUGAAGACCUCAUCAAGUUUAUAGACAACGCCUUUGCAAAACAGGGUGACUCUUACAUCGAGUCAUCUGUACAGCGUGUUGCUUGAUUGCCCUAUUGAAAUUCAUGUUUCACAACUGAUUUCGAUUGCACUUGAAGUUGGGACCAGUUACUGCAAUGACAAUUUUCAACUCUUACAUAUGAUCUUCUCAAACAAGAAUAUUACCUCCCAUUUUGCACUUGCCUUUGUCUAAGUAAGCCUUCCUCGUUACACUGUCUUUAAUCAACCUCUCCUUGUUAUGGUGCAUUCUUUGCUCAAGAUAAUUUUUAAUAACAUAUCUCCAUGCUAAUGAGUUUCUUGAUUCUUCUGGUUCAUCCAGCUGUUAAGAAACCAAUACCUACUUUCAAUUGGAUCUUCAUUUUCUGUGCCCACAAAUUGAGUUAUACUUUUGUCUGACCAAAUUUUUUCAAGAGCAAUAGCAUAUAUAAACUUGAAGUGCACUAGUGAGAGGGGUUUGGUGACAUUCAUGGUCAAUUCUCCUUUUGCAACAACUGGGUCUGAAUGGUAGUUAUGUGAAUGGCUGAAGCUGGUCCACUGAGUUUCUUAUCCCAAGACUUCACCAGGUCCCUUUUUAUUGCUACCGUGCACUAGUUGGAUGCGGAUUGGUUGGAUAACUUGUUAUUUAUGUUGUUAUGUAACUAGUAACGAACCCGUGCAUUCGCACGGGUUACGGGACGCGCAUUUGUUUCAACUAUAUAUUUUUUAAUAAAAAAUGUCUGACCUGUGAAAAAAUAAUAAUUGAAUUUAUAAUUAAUAAGUUAUUAUUUUGAUUAGUAACUUCAUGUCCCGUUUUUUUUUUUUAAUAAGCAAUUGAUUGAUUGAAAGCUCGCACUAGGGGUGCAACCCUUACAAAAAAAGCCGAAGGCCCUAGAGGGAAAAAGGAGCGGAUAAUGGAAGUUUAAACCAUUCAUAGUAAAUUGGUCUAAACUUAGUAUAUCCACUACAUAACCACCUCCAAGAAAGAAAGACAAUGUUAGAACAAAUGACAUCAAAACAAAAAACCUCCCCCUUAAAAAUAAUGGCAUUCCUCAUUAGCCAAAUACUCCAAAUAGUUGCAAACCAAACGUGGUUGAUCAAAAUACGACGUUUACUACAAACCACCUUCUCUUGAAUGACGUCAAAACGAAGCAUCUCCUCUUCGGUGAAAUCGAUCGGUGUGCCAAGCCAUAAGAAAACAUGCUUCCAAAUACCUUUCACCUCUUGGCAAUUGAA